CACAUUUUCCUCAGGUUUAUCUAACUCGCUCCGAGUCAACUCACCCCGACUCGGUGACUCCAAUACAUGAGCGGCAGCAAUGCUCCUAAGAGAAGUACGGUGACGAUGGACUCCACUAGGUCCCCCCACACCCGAUCCAACUCCCUACCCGACCCGAGCUCCAGCAGCAGCAGCACCAGCCAGAGCCUCGCCUCCAUCCUCAACAACCCCAAUGCCUCCGACUCCUCCUCCUCCUGGUCCGCCUGGUGGUCCUCCUCCGCCUCCGUCGCCGCCCCGCCCGAAUUCCUCCCCCUCCUCCCCAAAUCCGCCUCCGACUCCCUCACCCGAUCUGACUUCCAGCCCUACCUCUCCUCCAUCUCCGAUCACUACAACCGCUUCGACGACAUACUCAACCACCUCAAGAAGGAGAGUCUCGACGACCUCGACUCCAUCGGCGGCCAGGGCGAGGCUCUCGUCGCGUGUCUCCGCGAGGUCCCCGCCCUCUAUUUCAAGGAGGACUUCGCUCUCGAAGACGGCGCCACCUUCAAGUCGGCGUGCCCGUUCUCCGGCGCGGCGGAGAACCUCGUCCUGCAGGAGAAGCUGACGCAUUACUUGGACGUGGUGGAGCUUCACCUGGUGAAGGAGAUCUCGCUGCGAUCGAACUCGUUUUUCGAGGCGCAGGGACAGCUGGAGGACUUGAAUGUGAAGAUCGUGGAGGGAUGCAAUCGGAUAAAGGAGCUCAAGGAGACCAUUUCGCUGUUGGAUGUGGAUUUGGUGGACUCUGCUAGGCAGAUUCAGGAGCUCAAUGUUACCAGGAGUAAUUUGUUGGCUCUGCAACAGAAACUGAGGCUCAUUCUAUAUGUCAAUCAAGCUCUUUCGGCACUUAAACUGCUUGUUGCGUCUGCAGAUUGUGCUGGAGCUUUGGAUGUCACAGAUGACCUGCAACAUUUGCUGGACGGGGAUGAACUUACUGGUCUACAUUGCUUUCAUCACCUCAGGGAUCGUGUAGCAGCUUCAAUUGACUCCAUAAACAGCAUUCUGUCUUCAGACUUUAUGCGUGCUUCAAUACAUGAUGCUGGAGAUACAGACACUAUAAUUAUAUCAAAAGCAAAAGCAAGAGCAUCCAUACUCAUGAAUGGGGAAGAUGGUGAAGUUAAGUUGGACGAUGAAGAAACCUCCAAUUAUCAAGAUCGUCUUCUUCCGAUCAUCAUUGGAUUACUUAGAACAGCUAAGCUCCCUUCUGUGUUGAGGCUAUAUCGUGACCAACUCACGGCUGAUAUGAAGAAUGCUAUUAAGAAUGCAGUUGCAGAGCUGCUUCCCAUUCUAGUUUCCCGACCUCUGGAAUCCGAUUUUACGCCUGGAGAGCGAGUUGCAGAUGCAGACGGUAUUGGUGCAUCACUUGCAAGCAAGUUGAGGAGCCUGUCAUCUGAAAGCUUUGUUCAACUUUUAAGUGCUAUCUUUCUGAUUGUAAGGGCACAUCUAGUACGGUCUGCUGAAGUGAAGAAGGCUAUUGAGUGGAUUAUGUGCAACCUUGAUGGUCACUAUGCAUCUGAUUCUGUAGCCGCUGCACUUGCAGUUGGUGCUGUGGCUGCAGAAACAGCUCAAGAAAGUGAUGGCCAAGGUGGUUUGCUUAUGUCGUAUUCAUCUCCGAGAGUUGGUGCAAAGGCCCUUUCUUUCCAAGGAAAAGCAAAUGAUGCAACAAGUCCUUCUACUACAUCUAAGAAUUUUAGAGCUGAUGUGUUACGAGAAAACACAGAAGCCGUUGUUGCAGCAUGUGAUGCUGCUCAGGGAAGAUGGGCAAAGCUACUUGGGGUUCGUGCUCUUCUUCAUCCAAAGUUGAGACUACAGGAGUUUUUAAGCAUAUAUAAUAUCACACAAGAGUUUAUAACUGCUACCGAGAAGGUAGGGGGAAGGCCAGGAUUUAGCAUUAGGGGAACACUACAGUCACAGGCCAAAGCCUUCCUUGAUUUUCAGCAUGAAUCACGAAUGACCAAGAUUAAGGCAGUUCUAGACCAAGAAACGUGGGUGGAAGUAGAUGUUCCUGAUGAAUUUCAGGUUAUUGUCACUUCAUUAUUUUGUUCUGAAGAAUCGGUAACUGAGAACCUGGAUGCUAUCCAUAGUAGUUCAGAAACAAACUACACUGAGGUGGCCAGCAACAAUAGUUCAGAUGCGGUGGAUACAGGACCGUCGAUUACAGAAAUGCAAAUUAAGCGAACUGAUUCAACUGAAUUAUCUAUGGAUAUUACUGGAAAGAGUAAGUCUACAUCUGCUGAUGGAGCUGGAAAGAAUAAGGCUGAUGUUACAAACUCUGUGGCUCAGAACAACCACAGCAACAUGAAGGAGAGGGGAAAAUCAACUUCCCAAACCCUAUCAUAUAAAGGUGUUGGUUUUCACAUGGUAAACUGUGGCCUGAUAUUGAUGAAGAUGUUGUCAGAGUACAUUGAUAUGAACAAUUUUUUUCCAGUACUCUCCUCAGAAGUUGUUCAUCGUAUUGUUGAAAUUUUAAAAUUUUUCAAUACAAGAACAUGUCAGCUUGUUCUUGGUGCUGGUGCCAUGCAGGUAUCUGGUCUGAAGUCGAUCACUUCUAAACACUUGGCCUUGGCAAGUCAAGUCAUCAGUUUCACGUAUGCUAUUAUUCCUGAACUCAGGCAAAUUCUUUUUCUGAAAGUACCUGAGACAAGAAAGGCAAUGUUGCUAUCUGAAAUUGAUCGGGUUGCUCAGGAUUAUAAGGUUCAUAGAGAUGAAAUACAUACAAAGCUGGUUCAGAUCAUGAGAGAAAGGUUAUUGGUUCAUCUACGUGGGUUGCCUCAAAUUGUAGAGAGCUGGAAUAGACCAGAAGAUGCUGACCCACAGCCUAGUCAGUUUGCUCGAUCACUUACCAAGGAAGUUGGAUACUUGCAACGUGUUCUAACUCGAACUUUACAUGAGGUUGAUGUUCAAGCAAUUUUCAGGCAAGUGAUUAUAAUUUUUCAUUCACAAAUUUCAGAAGCACUUUCACGCUUAGAGAUCAGCACACCACAAGCCAAGGACAGGCUCUGUCGUGAUGUUAAGCACAUUCUUGGAUGCAUUCGAUCUUUGCCUUCUGAUAAAAUGAGUGAAUCUGGUACGCCAAACUGGGGUCAACUAGAUGAAUUUUUGGUGCAGAGAUUUGGGUCAGAAGCUAGUUAAGUGUUGUUGUAAAGUGUAGCAAAUCAAUUGCUUAUUUGGAGAUGGCUAAUCAGAUUUUGAGGAUUUCAGAAGCCAAUUUCGGUCUAUGCAUUUCCCUUGUACAAUUUCAUUGAGGUUUUGCAUUUUUUCUGAGAUGUAUAAAGUCCUGUAAGAGAUCCAAAAAAUUGACCAGAACACCAGAACUUUUUUGUACCAGUCACUGACACUUGAACUACAAGUUGUACUUACUAGGCUCAGUGUUUUGUUACCCUGAUUGUAAUGGGUUAAAGAGAUGAAAACCAAUUGGAAGUUUUGAUUGAGUAAAAGGAACUUUCGUUCUGUAUCCGCUGUUGAGGCGCUUGAAUCACA